GUAAAUUUUGGGCGGUGGGUUUUCUUCGGCCUCGUGUAGGCCGAUCGGCGGAAUGCGCGCCGAAUUAGUUCCAGUGCUACCGAACCUAGGUAGCCACCUACCCCCUGGCAUUCUUCUCCAACACUUCUCAUUACCGCCGCACCUUUCUACAAGCAUGCGAGCACCUCAAAGCAAUUACCAUGCGUCGGCAUGGCAUAAGCAAAGCGCCCAGAGUCCGACUGCGACAUCAGCACAACCGUCGGAUUGGCGAUGGCAUACUCUUCCUCAGCCUCUUCGAACAUCAUCCUGGUGCCAAAGUCCAAAUACAUAAACGGUUGCGCCUCAUGCAGGUCCUGCUCACAUUUCGCA